CGCCAAGAAGAACGAGCCCGAGUGGAUGCUCGAGUUCCGCCUGAAGGCGUUCCGCAAGUGGCUGACCAUGGAGGAGCCCGACUGGAGCGACAACAGGUACCCGGACAUUGACUACCAGGCGGUGUCCUACUACAGCGCGCCCAAGGUGAUGGAGAAGAAGAAGUCGCUGGACGAGGUGGACCCCGAGCUUCUCGCGACGUUCGACAAGCUCGGCAUCCCCCUCAGCGAGCAGAAGCGCCUGACCAACGUCGCGGUCGACGCCGUGUUUGACAGCGUGUCCAUCGCGACCACGUUCAGGGAGGAUCUCGCCAAGGUUGGCGUCAUCUUCUGCUCCAUCUCGGAGGCUAUCAAGGAGUACCCGGAACUGAUCAAGGAGCACCUCGGAUCCGUGGUUCCCGUCAGUGACAACUACUUCUCCGCACUCAACGCCGCGGUGUUCUCCGACGGAUCUUUCUGCUACAUCCCCAAGGGUGUCAAGUCGCCCAUGGAGCUGUCCACGUACUUCCGCAUCAACGCCGAGAGCAGCGGCCAGUUUGAGAGGACGCUCAUCGUCGCCGAGGAGGGAUCGUACGUGAGCUACCUGGAGGGCUGCACCGCCCCGGCGUACGACGAGAACCAGCUGCACGCGGCGGUGGUGGAGAUCAGCGCGGCGAAGGAUGCCGAGGUGAAGUACUCGACGGUGCAGAACUGGUACGCGGGCGACGAGAACGGCAAGGGCGGCAUCUACAACUUCGUCACGAAGCGGGGGUUGUGCAAGGGAGACAACGCGAAGAUCUCCUGGACGCAGGUGGAGACUGGAUCCAGCAUCACGUGGAAGUAUCCGUCCGUGGUGCUCAAGGGUGACAACAGCGUGGGUGAAUUUUUCAGCGUGGCGCUCACCAACAACGCACAGCAGGCGGACACCGGCACGAAGAUGAUCCACGUGGGUAAGAACACCCGCUCUCGCAUCGUGAGCAAGGGUAUCUCCGCGGGUAAGUCGAGAAACUGCUACCGUGGACUGGUGCAGGUGCAGCCCACCGCGACGGGCGCCAGGAACUACAGCCAGUGCGACUCGAUGCUCAUCGGGGACAAGGCUGGGGCGAACACCUACCCGUACAUUCAGGUCAGGGAGCCCUCCGCGCGGGUGGAGCACGAGGCGUCCACGUCGAAGAUUGGCGAGGAUCAGCUGUUCUACUUCCAGCAGCGCGGCAUCGACCCGGAGACGGCGGUGGGCAUCAUCAUCUCGGGCUUCUGUAACGAAGUUUUCAACGAGCUGCCCAUGGAGUUUGCCGCCGAGGUCAAUCAGUUGAUGAGCCUUAAGCUCGAGGGCAGCGUCGGGUGAUCUGCGACGUUGCCGAGACAUAAUACUUCUACACGUCAAGCCUUGUCAUACCAAAGGAUCGAUUUUUUU